UUUUUCGUCAAGCCAAAGCGGUAGUAAUCCAGUUCGUUGGCGCCGCUCCAAAGCAGGCAAAACACCGCGCGUCUGCUUACCUAUCAGUAGUAGUUUUUGUUAUCACUUUGUUUCGCGCCGCGCUCACGACCGCGCGCGCCCGUGGCCGAUCCGCGUCCGCGCCGCCCAGACCACGCACGCCCGCCUUCCCGACCGAACACGACCUACGAACGACCGAAACUUGAACUCUACGACCUUCAUCUUUGGAGCUGGAUUACCGAAACAAGCUCUCAGGGAAGCGUAUAAGCUCUUUCCGUUUAUUUAGACUAGAUUCUAAUAAUAAAGUCGAAGUGUAGUGAAAUGAAACGUAAUUUCUGUGCGACAGAUUGCCAAGUUUGCACAGGGAUUGACGCUAAUUCUGUGAUAAAUUUUAUUGUGAUUCGGGUAAACAAGUGAAGACUUUGACUUUGUUUUGUGACUGAAGAGUGAGUGGAAAAAAUUGAAAAUGGUGCGCGGGAGGUUUUCUACUUCGGAUGUGCCAGCAAUGGGCGUGACCUUCGGAGGAGGGCUGCAGCACUCCCGCUCGGCCGUGCUGUCAGCGCAGGUGCCCCCGCACUACCGGCCCGUGAUGCCCGUGCACGCGCUGCUCAACAGCGCGUCCAGCGGGCACGUGGCGCAGGGUCCACGUGUCCAAUUCAAACUGCAGCCACAGCAGAACUUCCCAGAGAAGAAGAAGUCCCCUCCCUCCUCCCUUACCAACGGGAAUGGGAAGAGCAUCCGUCCGCAGUUCAUGCCGGGCCUGAAGCGCUCCAAGUCGCUCACGUCGGCUGAUGCUCUAGCGAGUGGCAUGGCUGCGUUAGGACUGGCUGCUGAUGCAGGGGAUCUGGGCAACUUCCCGCAGGAGAUACAGGAGUGCAUCGAUAAGGCGCUCGAAGACCCUAACUCGGUAUGCGCGCGAACCCUGAUGGACGCGGUCGGUCACCUGGUGUCGCGCGCGGUGGAGUCCCCGCGCUACGCGCUGCCGGCCGCGCGCCGCUGCAUCGCCGUGGUGGAGCGCGAGCAGACCGAGACCUUCCUCGAGUCGCUGCUCAACACCUGCCAGCAGUGGUACCAGGACCGGGAGAAGCUGUUGGGCACAAUCGUGGGCGGAGGCCGGCCGCGGCUGAUGGCGUUCCUGUCGUUCCUGCUGGAGAUGUACUGCCAGCUGCGCCGGAGGGCGGUACAGCGGCGCGGCGCGUCGGCGCAGCCCGGCCAGGUGCUGCUCACGCUCAUCUGCAAGUGCUGCGAGGACUGUAUCCGGCAGCCCGUGCCUUCCGCCGGAGACACGGAGAACCUGUUCUUCGUGCUGACGUACAUCGGUCGCGACCUGGAGCAGGCGCUGCCUGGCGACCUGGAGCGGCUGCUGGCGGCCGUGCGCGACGCCUUCCUCAACACGCACGCCGCGCCCUCCACGCGCCGCACGCUGCUGCAGCUCAUCGAGCUGCACGCCAGCCGCUGGCAGCUGCCGGGCUGCGCCGUGCUCUACUACUACCCCUCCUCCAAGUAGGGGG